AUGGCACCAACUUCUUAUCCAGUGAUCGCUCCGUACAGUGAGCCUCUUCUACCGCAACUCGACAUUAAGCAUCCAUACUACACCGAGACUCAUUACAACCUGCGCAGAUAUGUUCGUGACUAUGUAGAGAAAAAUAUCAUUCCGCACGCUCAAGAAUGGGAAGAGGCAGGCCAGGUUCCGGAACAAGUGCGCCUUCACCACCAUCAGCUGGGAUUCGGCAUUGUUCAUCCCCUUACCAGCCCCGAAGAUGCUGCUAAUAUAGCUCUCCCUGGCGGCGUACCUCGCGAAAAGUGGGAUACUUGGUGCUCGCUUAUUGUUGCCGAUGAAUUGACGCGAUGUGGAUUUGUCGGUGUUGUUUGGGGUUUGGGGGCAGGCAACAACAUCGGAACCCCUCCAAUAGCACGAUUUGGUACACCGGAGCAGAGGAGAAGAUGGCUUCCAGGAGUGGCCAGUGGUAAGAUUAGGUUCUGUCUUGGAAUAACGGAGCCGGAUGCCGGAUCGGAUGUCGCAAAUAUUACCACCACGGCAAAAAGAGAAGGAAACCAUUACAUCGUGAAUGGUGCAAAGAAGUGGAUUACCAAUGGUAUCUGGGCUGAUUAUUGCACUGCUGCCGUGCGUACUGGGGGUCCAGGACGAAAGGGAGUCAGCGUCUUGGUCAUACCUCUCAAGGAGAAAGGCGUGAACCGCAAGCGUAUGCACAACUCUGGUGUGAAUGCUAGUGGCUCCACCUUCCUUGAAUUUGAUGAUGUUCGUGUUCCAGCCGAGCAUCUUAUAGGAAAUGAGAACGAAGGUUUCCAAAUUAUCAUGUCGAACUUCAAUCCAGAACGCCUAUCGCUGGCUAGCGCAGCUCUCCGGUUAGCUCGGGUCUGUGUCCAGGAUGCCUUCAACUACGCAGUCCAGCGAGAGACAUUCGGCGCACCCCUGAUUACUCGACAAGCAAUCCAGUCCAAAAUAACCAAAUGCGGCAUGCUCAUUGAGCCUGCUCAAUCAUUCCUGGAACAGCUAGUCUACAUUAUCGAGACUACCAAAGAUCGUCCCAAUGCGGUCAAUAUCGGCGGUAUGACCGCAUUACUCAAAGUGAUGUCUACAAGAGCACUCGAAAAAAGCGUGCGCGAAGCUCAACAAAUAUUUGGUGGUGCAGGGUAUAAUAAAGGGGGUAAAGGUGCUCGCGUGGAGCAAAUCAGUCGUGAUGUCCGUGUGCAUGUCGUUGGAGGAGGUAGCGAAGAAAUUAUGAUGGGCUUAGCGUUGCAGGAGGAGACGAAGGCUUUGCAGGCUCGAGCAAAGGCGCAGGCAGCCAAGCUUUGA